GUGACUGCUGGCCUCUCCCUGUCAAUGUUGAGCCGCAAGCAGCUGGUGCAGGCAGCACAGCUAGCAGAACAAUGUGGCAGGUACAAGGACAUGGCCACUGCCAUGAGGCAGCUUGUGAUGGAAGGGAAAGACCCACUAACCCACGAGGAGAAGACCCUGCUUUCUGAGGCCUACAAGCUCCUAACACAGGAGCGGUGCUCUUCUUGGCGACGGCUAAAGCACUCCGUGGAGCAAGGGGUCGGAAAGCAGAAGGAACAAGCACAAACUUACCGUGAGACCAUAAAGAAGGAGCUGGAAGCAGAGUGUUGGGAGAUCCUCAGCCUCUUAGACCACGUACUGCUGAAGCACUGCAGUGACACAGAUUAUGAAAGCCGGGCGUUUUACCUGAAGAUGAAAGGGGACAACUACCGCUUCUUAGCUGAGGUGGCCCUGCCCGAUGUCAAGGAGACGCUUGUGAAAUCUGCGCAGAAAGUUUAUGGGGAGGCUCAGGAAAUCAGUCAGUGGCAUUUGGAACCUACUCAUCCGUUGGCUUUGGCUGUGGCUCUGAAUUACUCCAUCCUUUAUUAUGAGGUUCUCAACAACCCUCAGCAGGCAACCAAACUGGCCAAGGCUGCGUUCGAUAAGGCAAUCGCUGGACUGGAGACUCUCAGCCUAGAGUAUUACAAGGAAUCCACAGUCAUCAUGCAGCACCUGAGGGACAACAUUGUGCAGUGGACUGGUACCCAACCACAGCAGGAAGAGAGCAACGGGGGAGAGCUUGAAGGCUAAUAACUGGAGUCCUGAAACUGGCAUUUUAACCACAGUGAAAUGAACCAUAGAAUCCAAUGAGGAGCAGCAACAAUACAGACUCCCUUAGCCUUUGUACAGUAUUACAUUUGCCAGGUACCAGACCCAUUCCAAAGAUGACUCAUGUAAAUGCAGGUGUCCCUGCUAGAAAUAAUAGCCCAUUCCUAAUGCACUUUGGCUGUACUGCUGUAAAGGUUUAAAUCUUACAGGAUAUUAUGUAAUGCUAGGGACCAACAAAAAAAUUAAAUCUUGCCAUCGCACCCU